GUCGCUCGUAAAAGUGACAAGUGACAACAAAACCCCACUCUACCAGUCCCCCUAUCUUAAGAAAACUAAGCAUAAUCCAUUUUCCCAACAUCGCAUAUUGCACGACACGAGCGUUGAGACAGUAACCACGAUGUCCAAACUAUAGACAAGAUGAAAACGUUGGAAAUGAGUCUAUUAGCAGGUGCUUACGUUCAACCCCGCUUCCCUUGUAACUACAACCCAACGCUUUCCGCAUCUUGCAGAACCCAAAAGACAGCAACUUCACUAACCGUAACAACUCCCAAGAAAACAGAAAAGGCGUUAUUCACUGAGUCAUUCGAUCAAACACGUGACGCGCAACCUCUCCCCGAAAAGAAGAAGAGGGUGUUCUUCUUAGACGUUAACCCGCUCUGUUACGAAGGAAGCAAACCCAGCUUGCACUCUCUCGGGCGGUGGCUCUCUCUGUUUCUCGAGCAAGUCAGCCAUACCGACCCUGUCAUUGCUGUUAUUGAUGGAGAAAGGGGUAGUGAGCAUCGCAGAAAGUUGCUACCUUCAUAUAAAGCACAUAGGAGAAAAUUCACGAGACACAUAUCAUCUUUGCAAAGAUUUUCAAGUGGCCAUGUUGGGAGGUCCCUCCAAGUUAUCAAUGAUGUUCUCGGAAAAUGCAAUGUGCCAGUUAUAAAAGUUGAUGGCCAUGAAGCUGAUGAUGUUGUUGCUACUCUUGCUGGACAAGUUCUCAAUAAAGGGUUUCGAGUGGUUAUUGCCUCCCCCGAUAAGGAUUUUAAGCAACUAAUAUCUGAUGAUGUGCAAAUAGUUAUGCCUUUGCCAGAGUUACAAAGGUGGUCCUUCUACACCUUGAGACACUACAGGGAUCAGUACAAUUGUGACCCAGAAUCUGAUCUGAGCCUUAGAUGUAUUGUAGGUGAUGAAGUUGACGGUGUUCCUGGUAUCCAACAUCUGGUCCCUAGUUUUGGUCGGAAGACUGCUCUAAAACUUAUUAAAAAGCAUGGUUCAUUGGAAACUUUAUUAAAUGCAGCUGCAAUAAGGACUGUAGGCAGACCAUAUGCGCAGGAUGCCCUUAAAAACCAUGCUGAUUACCUACGGAGAAAUUAUGAAGUUCUUGCCUUGAAAAGGGAUGUAAAUGUCCAACUUAUUGAGGAGUGGUUGAUUAAGAGAGACAAUCGCAAUGAUAAAAUUGCACUAUCUGCCUUCUUUAAAUAUUUAGAAGAAAGUAAGGAGCUCACUAACAGUGGCAGGCCUAGCUUUUAUAAUGGUUAAAUCCAUACAGGGAUGCUGUUGGUAUCAUGUUUGGUCACUAUGACAUGGAAGCUUGCUCCAGCUGUGUCAUCCGCAUUCACACAGUGCAAUUAGAAUCUUUCCAACCACCACCUUCACACAAUAUCUAGGUGUUACUCUGAGGAACUAGCAUGCCUAAAAUUUGUAGUUCCUAGUUAUGUGACUUUGAUAACUUGGUACAAUUUUGAAGAUUUAUGUGCGAUAACCCUACACGUGAUUAAAAAAUUCAUGGUCCAAACCUUUUCAGCAAACUUGAUUGGGUCAACCAGUUGCUAACAUUAUUUCCAAGAUAAUUUUGAGGCAAUGAAUGAAACUUGCGAAGGGAUAUAAUUGAGAGAUUCAGUAUAAAGCAAGCUCAAGGACCGUUAGAUGAAGGAAGGCCUCCCAUGUGACCAAUUGGAUGAUUGCUGAAUACCAGAUUCAUGUGGUUGUGAUUAUUUUUGAAAAAUAAAAUAAAAAUUACUUUUAUA